AUGGGACAACUGGGUUCCAUUCCUGAUUAUCAUUCCAAGACAUUGCUAAGAUUAUGCAAAUAUAAUGAUGAUGGACACACAAAAUUAGCCUCAUCAGUAUUUCUAUCUUCAAGGAACACUCCGCAGCUCUUGCGACAUCAACAGCUGGAAGAAGCAAUGGCUAGUUUGUUCCGGCGACGACGCAAGCAUCAAAUGGACCAUGAAGAGAAGCCAAAUGCACGGCAAGUUAAAGUUGCUAAACCAGAAGCAGAAGAGAAAGCAGCUUUUAAUCCUGAUGGUGUCAAACCAGAUGAUCCGAAUGCACCAGGAGAAAAUGGUCAACCUGUGGUUAUAGUCAAAGACAAGCUGUUUCCUGAAGACCGGAAGAAAUAUGAACAGGGCUGGAUGCACAAUGCCUUCAACCAGUUCGCCAGUGAUAAGAUCUCCCUGCAUAGAAGCUUACCAGAUGUUCGCGAUGAAGAAUGCAAAAGUAUUGUAUACCAUGACAACUUGCCAGAUACCAGUGUGAUUGUGUGUUUCCACAACGAAGCUUGGUCAGUUCUCCUGCGGACAGUUCAUAGCAUCAUUGACCGCUCACCUCCCCACCUUCUAAAGGAAAUCAUUUUGGUCGAUGAUUAUUCAGACAUGCCGCAUCUAAAGCAGCCUUUAGAAGAUUAUAUUGCCAAACUUGGUAAAGUGAAAGUUGUUCGUACGAAGCAGAGGGAGGGUCUGAUCAGAGCGCGAUUGCUAGGUUACUCAGUAGCUACGGGAACAGUCCUAACUUAUUUGGACUCACAUUGUGAAUGCACACGAGGCUGGUUGGAACCAUUGCUAGACAGGAUAGGCGAGAACAAGUCUAAUGUUGUGACUCCCGUUAUUGAUGUUAUUGAGGAUGACUCAUUCCGAUAUCAAUAUGGUAGUGCAAAGAGCACAAGCAUAGGUGGCUUCGACUGGAGUCUGCAGUUCACAUGGCAUGGCAUUCCUGAUGUAGAACGGCAGAGGAGGAACAAUGAUGUCGCCCCUAUCAGGUCUCCCACAAUGGCAGGUGGCUUGUUUGCCAUUAACCGGCAAUAUUUCACAGAGCUGGGCACCUAUGAUGCUGGCAUGGAUAUCUGGGGAGGAGAAAAUCUAGAACUUUCCUUCAGGAUCUGGAUGUGUGGUGGGACACUGGAGAUCAUUCCCUGUUCUCAUGUGGGACACAUUUUCCGUAAAAGAAGCCCAUACAAAUGGCGUACAGGAGUCAAUGUAGUUAAAAAGAAUUCAGUCCGACUUGCUGAAGUGUGGAUGGAUGAAUACAAGAACUACUAUUAUGAACGAUUCAAUUACGAUUUGGGAGAUUUUGGAGAUAUUAGUGACCGAAAAAAUUUACGGAAGCGGUUGAAAUGUCAUUCAUUUGAUUGGUAUGUGAAAAAUGUUUAUCCUGACUUGUUCAUCCCAGGAGAAGCUGUAGCAUCUGGUGAGAUUCGUAACAAAGCAAAGCGAAUGUGUGUUGAUGCUUCUGUAGAUCACCAAAACAUGCACAAACCUGUUAUAAUGUGGCCAUGCCAUAAUCAAGGAGGAAAUCAGUACUGGAUGCUGAGCAAGAACAAUGAGAUUCGGCGAGAUGACGGCUGCUUAGAUUACUCAGGUGGAGACAAUGUCAUCAUAUAUCCUUGUCAUGGUCAGCACGGCAAUCAGGAAUGGCAAUACAGAGAGGACCGAACAGUUCUCCAUGUGAAUACACAAAAAUGUAUGGAAGUUGCUAUAGAUGAAUCAAUUUUCUCAAAUUCAUAUUGGAAGAACUGCUACUGUCUUUGUCAGGAUGCUCCUGCUGCAUUUUACACAAUAACUGCCAAAGAAUUAAAGGCUGCUUUCAAAACAAAACUCUACCAAAAUAUUAGACCCUGCUGUGAUUUCGGUUACUCUAUGCUCUUUUUUUUUUCUUUCUUUCUGUUUUUAAUCCCUUCUUCUUUUCUCCUUUUUUUUUGUUUUCAUUUCAAACUUCUAUCUAGAAAUUUGUUUGAUAGUAUCUGUUUCUUUUUUCAUUUUACUACUAGUUACCUAAAGCUGUAUAUUGAGACGUUGCCUUGCUGUAAAUACACAUAG